AUGUGUAAUCAGAAUGACGGCAACGAUGAUGGAAAUGACGGUGAUGAUGGUGGUGGUGAUGAUGAUGAUGAUGAAGAUGAUGAAGCUGAUGGUGGCGAUGUUCGUGAUAGUGAUGAUGAUGAAGAUGGUGAUGGUGGUGAUGGUGAUGUUGUUGUUGAUGUUCAUGGUAUUAAAGUGAUUAUGAUGAAUGAUGACGACGAUGAUGAUGAUGAUGACGAUGGUUAUGGUGAUGGUAAUUAUGAUUGGGAUGGCGAUGAUAAGGAAGACGAUGAUAGCAUUACUACACGAGAAAUGGAAAGAAACAAGGAGAGGGACAAGAAGAAUAGGAAAGAAGAAAAAGAAAAGGAAGAAGAAGAAAAAGAGGAAGAAAAAUAA